CUUUAAUGUUUUUGUCACCAAUGUUUAUGCGUAACUUUAGUUUUGCGUAACUGUGGUUUAUUUCUUAUUGUGUGCAUGAGUUAGUCAGAAUUAAACUAUAAAAAAAUGACUGCAUUAGUGCAAAAGCGUAACCAGGAAAUAGUUUGAAACACUCAGAACUGAAUCAUCCCAGGACUCACCGGAGUUAUGUGGGAGCUAAACUCUCACCGGGACCGCGUGAAUAGUUGGAGAAAUAUUAGUAUGUAAAGUCGGUUCACUGUUCAGCCCGGGGCUGUGUGGCACAGCGGGUCAGUGGGUCAUCCGCUCGAAGCAGUGAGCGGACAGAAACCAACACCCCCCAGAGGCGACAGCAACAGGUUUGUCCUUUCACAGCCUAACUGUGCCCUCCAGUGGACACGUCCGGUGGAUAUCGGAGACAUUGGUCAUCUGCGGUCAGAGUUCACUUCGACUCUUUCUGAGGACUAAAGCCACACGUCUUUGCUUCUUUAUCGAGAAGCUCCCAGGAGUAAAAUGUUGCUUGGACCUGACUUUGUCCAACAGCUGCUGCUUUUGUGUUUGUCCAUCUGCCCUCGGCGCCUCUCCGUGAAGGAACAGCGGGGCAGUGCGCUUGGCUGAGCAGCGCUGGAGAAAGCGGGUCGUGGAGAAGAAGAAGAAGAAGAAGCAGAGUUUCCAAAACGCAGAACCGGACGAUCUGGGAUUGAUUCUAAUCUGUCCAAGGUUUGUACCCACUAUUGUUGCCUUUUCACAUUGAAGAUGAUUUUUGAGUGACUUUUUUCCACCCUCAGUGAAGAACUUAUAUCGAGUUUGUGGCUGAAAGUUUUUCUCGCGCGUCUGUGGCGCAAACCUGUGACUCUAGAAGAACGAUGUUACGUCUUAGUGAACCUCACUGGUUUAACUGCCAGUUUAAACUCGUGGGUGCUUCUCGGUGACUCGGUUUGCAGUUUCUGUGGAUCUGGGGCGCGUUUCUCGUCCUUUUCCACUCACCGAGCACUUACACCGACGUGCCAACAGCUUUCUGCCUCAUGUGGCCACACUGUAGCGUCCUGCCUGUACGUCUGAUCUCACUCUGGUGUUUCAGCCUCAUUAUGUAAAGGUCACCUCCUCUCUCUCUCUUUGGUCUGGUCUGAGUGAAAGUGCAACAAGCACCUGCAGGGCCACAUCACUGGCCCCAACCCUAUUACUGCAGAAUGGGCAACUUUUCCACCAAGGACAGCCACGGACCCACAGGGGCUCAGGUGGACAGUUUUCACACUCCACCUACUACGCCACAGAACGACGGUGCUGUUUUCACAACCAGUGCUCCCCAGCUUCCGUCUUCCCCUACGAUCUCAGUUUCAUCUCUACCUCCAGUACCGGCGACCACUGGCAAGAAAUCGCAGCACGGCACGCCAACUACUCCCAGCGCUCGCAGUCCCCCUCCAGAUUGGAAGCCUUGUCCGCCGGUCAGCGCAAACAGCUCCACGGUCAGCGCUGGAAUUAACCCAGUGAACAGCAAGCCAGCCGGUGCUGUGGCCGUGAGUGAGAAAGCUACUGUAGGGAGGAAUGGUGGUCCUCCUACUUCUACACCCAGGAUUCCUGUUACCCCAGAGAAGAGUGUGCCUGUCAGUCCUAUAAAGAGCCCCUCGUCUCUGUCUAGUGCCUCGCCUGUGGUGGGCAGCUCUUUGGGGCAAAACUGGAGAGAAAGGGACAGUGGUCUGAGUCAGUCUCUGCCGCAGUGUCAGGAACCGAAGGAUGGCCAAAGCGAGGAACUGGAGAAGUUGCUGGAGGAGUGUAAGCUAGCUCUGGGAAUCCCUGCCAGUGAGGACGGGAGCACAAACACAGCAGAGAUACUGAAGCAUCUGCUGACAGAAGUGAAGAGUCUGAAGAGUACAUUAGAGUCAGAGCGUGGCGAAUGGCUGCAGUUCCAGGGUGACCUGCAGGUGGCGGUGGCGGUGGCAGAUCGCCUGAGAGCUGAGGCAGAAGAGGAGUUGACGGCGAUCCGAACAGCCCACAAAGACAUUGAGAGGGAGCUGUCUGCUGCCCAGCAGAGACAGAAAGAGGCUGAUGUGCAGCUGGUUACUCUGAGGGAAGAGUUGAAGGAGAGCAGGCAAAAACUGGCUAAUCUCACCAAGGUCCAGGGCAAAAGUGAAGCCCAGGAACCUUGUCAUGAACCUGAGAAGCCAAAUGGAGAAUCUAACAAGUCGGAGAGCAAGGAAGAAAGCCACAGAGGCAGGGAGAGGGCGGUGUACAGGUUAGGAAGAGAAGGGCUGGAAAGUAAGAAUCAGAACGAGGUGGUGAAGAAUGUCGCUGACAAAGAGGCGAAAACAGACUGUAAAGAUGUGACUAAGCGCUACCUGAGAAAUGUGACCAAUGAGGACAGGAACAGAGAGGGGGUGCGAUCCAGUGAAACACGCAGGAUGGUGACUACAGAGAGGUCAAGAAGCCUGUCCAGAUUACCCAGCUCCUCAGAAUCCAACACCAUGCUGAACGGAGCCUCCCAGCCCAGUUCUGCUGCAACAGGUGCUGCUGCAAACAAGAACUUGUUGCAAUUAAGAGGUCGAAAUCUGGACUGGCAGGACGGCAGGUCAAGUAGUGACGCAGGAAAAUGCGAGGAGUCUUUAAACAAGUACAAUUCAGCCCUCACCGAGUUGCCGCCCACCAAGUCUCAGGAUGGAUUCAACCUGCUGCUGCGUCGCCAUGGAGGCUCAAAGAGAAACUCGCUGCUCCGCUGGUGUCAGAGUCGAACCCAAGGCUACAAGAACAUUGACAUCACCAACUUCAGCAGCAGCUGGGCCGACGGCCUGGCGUUCUGUGCCGUCUACCACACCUACCUCCCCUCACAUAUCCCUUACAGCACCCUCGGCCCCGAGAACAAGAAAGAGAAUCUCAGUCUAGCGUUCAAAACAGGAGAGAGCGUUGGGAUUGCGCAGUCUCUGACAGUGGAGGAGAUGCUGAGGGCGGGCGGUCCUGACUGGCAGCGGGUUCUGAGCUACGUGGAGAGCAUGUACCGCCACUUUGAGAUGUAACUGUUGGAGGUACUGUCAAACGGCCCCGCCGCAGACGACACUUCAGAAACGCUGUCAAAGAAGCAUAGUUCAUCAUAAUUGUUCCCUGAAUACUACUUUUGCUGGGUGGUUAAAAGCGGAUGACUUUCAAAGCUACAGAUUGUAACUGAAAUAGACUCAGAAACAGCUGUCACAAAAGCCUGUAACCAAAGGAUGUAAGCACAGAUGGGUGUGAGCUGCGUGCACUCGUUUCUGUUCAGACAAUAAAACGGACAUGCAAAAGUCACAUUUUAGCUUUUAAAGUGGAUAUUAUCGUGACCGCCUUGUGGAAAUUUCGGUUAUGUGGAACCUUUUUAGCAUCUUUCUAUUAAAGUGUGUACACGAGUUGCUGUAAAUGUCUCCACACUGGUACUUUACAGUCAAAAAGUACUGUAUUAGGUCUUCCAUGAAAUCUAUAAUCUUUGGCUUUUAUAUGUGAUGCUUUGCAAAGAUUCCACAUCUGUUUGGACAUUUGAGCACUGUGUAAAUACGCACUUUUGUCAGCACUUUGUUGAUGUCAGAAUGUAAUGUGCAGUAGUUUUGUAAAGGCUGUGUGGGCAUUCAGCUGCAAGGCCUCAGUCCAGGCAGAAACGUGUCUGAUGAUUUAGCUUAGAUAAAGUUUCAGUUUUUCAGUAAAAGUUGGCGUUUCCUCACAUAAAACACAUGUAAUCAAAAUUUCAAAGCACUUCCGUGAUGCUAACGAGAGAGCCGGUGCUGUUAAGUUGCUCAGGGAUGUGCGUUAAAGAAGCGACACAGCUAAAGCAAAUACAAGCCUCCACAAGACUGCACAUCCGGUUUCAACAUCAUCUCGCAUCACACCUGCAUCCUCGCUGAUGCGCAUCUGGUAUUUUUACAACAUGUUGGAAACUGUUGACAAAGUUGUACGUGCCAAAAUGAAUCAAGUGCUCCUUACAUUGUAAGAUAUGUUUGUAUUUAACUAGUGUGAAGAAUUAUACCAAAGAAAUAAACAGUUUAU